CAGCAGCAAGAAGCUUCGUUCACACAAUACAAUACAGUACAACAACAGAACAAACGAAGAAAAAGCAACACCGACCGAUCCCGUCGCCAAGUUCGUUGCGUUUGGCGCAUAUURGAACCAACAAAUAGAAAGCAGCAACACGGCCGUGCCCAUCGCCAUAACCACGACGGACACSAACACUCAGACGUAMCAUAUUAUCCGAUACAAACCAAAACCGAGAAACGAGUCUUAGCAACACGAUCGAAUCAAGCCAAAUCGGUAUCUACCGAACCAYAUAAAAUCGAUGUUCCAACCGAACUAAAUUUCACGAAUCGCACAUCCACAAUAAGGCCAAAACCUAACCCAACGAUGACACCAAGGUCUCCGAAUUCCAUUCUCCUUGCCUGGCUCACGGCAUCAACGGCAUCGCUGCUUGCUUCCGCAUCAAACAACCAUCUCCGAAACCAGAGGCAAAAGCACUACGAGCAGCAACGCAUAGUCGGUGGAUCMCGGUCCACGGCCGGAGACUAUCCCUACUUUGUCGAGAUGGGGGGCUGUGGGGGAGCCCUCGUCGCGCCCGAUGUCGUCCUAACCGCGGCCCACUGUGGCAACUUAACGGGCCGACAGCUGAGCAUCGGUGCCUACCGRAAGGGGAGCCUCGCCGAAGGCGCUCAGCCUCGGUUCUGCGCCUCCUGGAUCCGUGAUCCUCUCUACGGAAGCCACGGGAGUCCUCUCAACUACGACUUUGCUCUCUGCAAACUGGACUAUCCCGUUUCGAUCAAUACCACUUUUGUCACGCUCGAACUCAAUGAAGAAAGAGCGAUCCCGUCCAUCGGAACCGACCUGAUCGUCAUGGGGCUCGGCACGCUGUCCAUGGGAGGGUACAGCCCCCAGAUCGUCCACAACGCCACGGUUCCCUACAUCGAUACCCCUGCUUGCAAUGCCAUGUUCAGCCAGGACGACGACGUGGUUACGGACGCCAUGCUGUGCGCCGGAUUCGAAGAGGGAAAAAAGGAUACCUGCCAGGGCGAUUCCGGUGGACCCAUCGUGAAGCGAACCUACAACGGGGACGGGACCUUUUCGGAUGCCCACGUCGGUGUCGUCUCUUGGGGAGAGGGCUGCGCCAUGCCGAACCGGCCGGGGGUGUACGCCAGGACCAGCGAGCGGGCGAGCUGGAUCAAGUCGACGAUCUGUGGGACACUCAACAGCGUAGCCUCGUUUUGCGAAGAAAGGAGCGAACAAACCCCGAACGUCUGCACCACCGGGGAGGAGCUCACCAUCGAGCUGACCACCGACAUGUACGCCUUCGAAACGUGCUGGGCACUCUGGGAGCUGAGCGGAAGCCUUCUUGCAUCAUUUAUCUAUCUCAUCAACAACUAUACGAACGUGCACACGAUGUGCCUGGAGCCGGCCACGUGCUACGUUUGGGAGGUCGUCGACGCGUACAUGGACGGCUUCAAUGGGACCUAUUCCUUCCUCCUGAACGGAGAAACAAUCGGCUCGGGCACCGGAACCGACUUUGACAAGUCCAAGACGGAAACKAUCUGCACCACCGGGGGUAGCCUUGCACCGGCGGCAUCCCCCACGAUUUCUCACACMCCUUUUCCGGUGGGGAUUGUCAGCCCAAUACCUCCUCCCACCGUCGCUCCAACGUCUGACGAUUCUCCAACGAUCCUCCCUACCGUGAUAGUCCCACCCGAUCAAUGGCUUACGAAUGCCCCCGAUUCCUUUCGGCUGGUCCCUACCAAUGUCCCGACCAUCAUUGAUGACUCCGACGACUACCUCUCCCCGACGAUCCAACCGUCAGUCCCACCCGAGCAAUGGCUUACCAAUGCCCCCGAUUCCUUUCGGCCGGUCCCUACCAAUGNCGAUCCAACCGUCAGUCCCACCCGAGCAAUGGCUUACCAAUGCCCCCGAUUCCUUUCGGCCGGUCCCUACCAAUGUCCCGACCCUCAUCGAUGACCUCUCUCCGACGAUCUUCCCUGUCGUGACGGUCCAACCUGAUCAAGGUCCUACGAUUGCCCCYAAUUCCAUAGUUCUGGGCCCCACCAAUGCCCCGACCUUCGUCGUCGACCUCGACGACUACCUCUCUCCGACGACCUUUGCCCCCACCGACACUAUUCUGGAGACAACCUUCCCGUCGGAAUCGCCGACGCGGUUGCGGACCAAUGCGCCCACCAACCCGCCGUCCGACCCACCGACCAACACUCCGACCGACUUACCCUCCACAGUGCCCACAAUAAUGGCUAUGGCACCCCCGGAAGACUGCGUGGAUGACCCAACCUUUCGGUACCGGAAUUCCAAGAAAAAAACCUGUUCCCGAUGGGUCAAAAAGAAGGGYACCCGCACCAAGAAAAUCCGAAAAAAAUGCAAGAAGAAGUGGAAGAAGCGCAGGGUCUAUGAGUACUGCGCCGAGACCUGCGGAAGGCUGGUCGGCCUCGGCCGUUGCGCCGCUCUGAGCAAUGAGAACGACGGUAGCCAGGCCGAAAUCUCUCGGGAGGUCCCUAGUAGGRCUAAAAAGAAGGACAAUUCGGGAAUCAUUUUAUGAGUGCAUGCAUCGGGUUGAAUGCAUUCAUAAAUCAUUUACUAGCAGGACUUCUACUGCUUGCACUUGUGAUGUAAGUGCUUGAGUUGGUAGUAUUUUACGUAGUGAAGUAGUAGUAGUACCAGCAUGAUGAUGAUACUUCUUCUCGCUCAUACUUCUUCUACUACCACUACUAGUUGAAGAACGCUAUACUAGACAAUUGGGGGAAAACAUACAACAAGAAGYGUAUAAACAAUCUGUAAUAGA